UUAAUGAACCUACUAAUUAAAGUUAGUUUUUCCCUAUAAAGUACCUGCUAAAAAGUUGGCAAAAAUAAAUUUCAUAUCUAUUAUCUACUACUCUUCUUUUCAUCAAACUUAAAGCACCAGCAUUCAUAAGUUGAAUGACAAACCUAAUAAAGAAAAAUAAAAAUAAUAAAAUACAGCAUCAUCAAAGAAGAUGGAGAUUAUAAUUAUAGGAUUAUUGAGUUUAAUUUUUUCGGCAUCUCUUUCGUCAGCCGUGGAGGAGAAACUCGACUGCAAGAGCACAAUAUCCAGCCUAAUGCCGUGUUAUCCUUCGGUUACGGAUGCCAGCUCAGCACCUUCUUCUCAGUGCUGCAAUCAGCUUAAAAACGUGCUUGAAACGCAACCCCUAUGCCUUUGUCAAAUCCUAAGCGAAAGCGGUUUUAGCAGUACUCGUGUUUUGGAACUCCCUAAAGCUUGCAAUCUCCAAACUCCACCUCCUUCCAAAUGCAACUCUCCACCAGGACCGCCAGGAUCUAAUAGUACUACACCUCCACCACCAGCUGGAUAUUCAAGCAAGAUUACAUACUCUGUACUGCUAGCGGCUGCAUCAUUUGCUGGAGUUGUGAUAGUGAUCAUUUGAGCUGAUUUCAUCCUGACCGUUGAUCAUAUAUAGUUUGGCGAUUACAUUGUCGUUUGGUAUAGCUUAUGUUUUUCGACGUAUCUUUGUCCUAACUCUUGUAUAACUUCCUCUGGGAAUGAGAUGUACUAAUAAGAGAGUUGUCUGAUAUUUUUGAACGCAAUAUUUGGAACUAAAUAUUUCACAUUCAUACUACAUAAUUAAUCAAUCCUUUGAACUCU